AACAUACAGGGAAGCAUGCUUGCUGAGCACCUUAUACAGGAUGUCUUAUAAUGAGAAGAAGGAUGCUCCUUUCGCCUACGAGUCCUCGGUUCACAGCGCCAAUGUCCUCCUUCGUCUGAACCUUCACCGGGAGCACGGUCUACUUUGCGAUGUGACUGUGAUAGUGGAAAAUCAGAGGUUCCAGGCUCAUCGUACUGUCCUCGCAGCUUCCAGUGAUUAUUUCCUCUCCCGUGUUGUCCAGGCCUACGAUGGGGACUUUACUAUCACCCUUCCCGAAGAGGUAACUGUGAAAGGGUUUUUGCCUCUCCUUCAGUUUGCAUAUACCUCAAAGCUUUAUGUCACCAGAGAUAACUUUUCAGAAAUCAGAAAAUGCGCCAAGUUGCUCGAAAUCCACGAUGUUGAAGAAACCUGUUUUGAAUUCCUGAAUUUAAAGUUUCAGGACAACAAAGCCAAGCCGGCAGAUUACCCCAGAAAGAAAUGCUGCAAGUCUUUCUGCCCGAAGGCAGCUGGGCAACAGAGCGAGUCGGGAAGAGUGCAGGUUCACGAGGUGGAAGAGCUGUGGAGAGGGGAAUUUACCCAGAACCUGAAAUGUCCAGCAGAGAUCGAAAAUAUUUCCCCAUCUCCCGAGAGCCCUAAGCAGCCCUGCGAAUCGCUUUGCCUAGACAGAGACAGUGCUUCCGGAUUCUCACUUUGCCCAAAGUACAGAAAGUUUCAGAAAGCUUGUAAAAAUGGCCGGGUUCGGUCUGUCAGUACGUGUUCCAGCAAUCAGGAUGCUCAGAGUCUAUCUCCAGCGACCUCAGUUGAUGCUUCUGAACCAGUCAGUCAGCCAAAACCUCAGGUGGAGGAUAUUCAUGCAACCAAGCCUGACGUGGAAGUAAAUACAGUACCAUCACAGGGCCCCGGCAAUACUUAUCAAAACCUUACCUGCGUUGAUAACAAAGUAGUCAUGACUGCUGCAUACCCACCUUGUUUUCCUUUGGGACCUCAAGACUUCAGCUCAGUGCCUUUCAGUGCAUAUCAACCAUACAGGAGCUUAAUAAACUACUCAGACACCCCCAAUGACUCCAGCACAGCGGGUUUGCCAGAAGGGAGCAACAGUCGUCAGAGCAACCUACAGGCAGCUGAAUCUCCAACCUCAGAGCUAGUAGCGGAGACUCCACUUUGUGCUGCUGGAAGCCUUCCACUAAUAAGGGAGCGGAGCAAUGUGGAAAGAGAGGUUGCUGAACAUCUUGCCAAAGGUUUUUGGCCUGAUGUAUACCCUGCUGAAUUUCCAUGCAAGCAAGAGUUGGAGAUGUUGACCAGCAAGGAACCGCAGUUGGAGAACAACAACAUGGAGAAAAGGACUGAAUGUCCAUGGCUGGGCAUCUCCAUAUCCAACGAGGUCCAGGAACGGACUUUUACUACACUUAACCCAGUAUCCUGCCCCUUCAUCAGCAAUCUCACUAAUGAUGCAUGUGCCAACAGUCCACAGCUAAGCAGUGAGGAUGGUGCUUCGAGUAAGACCCAGGAGACAUGCCCGUACUCUUGUCCUAUCAACUUGGAUGAGGAUUCGGAUAGUGAUAGCGAGGAAGAUAGCGUUGAAUCUUUAUCUGCGAAAGAGCAAGAAUGUGAGAAGACACUGCCAUUCAAUGCCCAGAAGAUCAUUUCCCUCUCGCGCUAUGACUUCCAAUCCUUGGUGAAAACGCACACCCUCACAUCGGACCAGUUGGACUGUAUCCACGAUAUACGCCGAAGGAGCAAGAACAGGAUUGCUGCUCAGCGCUGCCGGAAGAGAAAAAUGGACUGUAUCCAGAACCUGGAGAGUGAGAUCAUGAAGCUGGAAAACGAGAAGGAACAUUUGCUCAAGGAGAGGGACCAAAUUUUAUCCACAUUGGGAGAAACCAAAAAAAACCUCACCGGACUCUGCCAGAAAGUUUGCCACGAGGCUGCCCUGAGCCGCGAGCAGAUCCACAUCCUGGCAAAGUAUUCCAGCUCCGAGUGCCCGCUGUCCUUCCUGGUGCCAGAAAAAGGCAAGAUGUUCCUUCAGUGUGAAGCCAUAUUGCAGGAGUUCGCUGGAGGGUUACUAGACACUGGAGAGGCUUCGCGACGCCAGGCAGACGAGGGUAACAGUGUUUUGCAUAAUGCUGCUCACAUGACAGCCAGACCACAUGUAACAGUGUCACCGAGGCAGUCCGGCACGACAGGGGCCAUCGCUGAUUUUUGCCAACAGAUGUCUGCUAAAUGCACUACUGAUGAACAAAACUAACCCUGACCCUGAAAGGGACAGUUCUUUAUUUAAAAGAAAGCAAUAUUUUAUUUUUGUAUCUUCUUUAACAGG